CGCGAACUCUGAGUGCGAGGGUCCCGGGAUUAGACCUGGGCCGGGCUCCGUGCUGACCCCCGAGGGCGCGCCGACUCCAGCGGAUCGGACGCCUUCAUCGCCCGCCAUGGAAGCCUCAGCGCAGCCGCACCAGCAGCCGCAGCCCUCGACGUCCAAGAUCAGGAACCUGCCCUGGGUUGAAAAAUACCGGCCACAGACACUGAGCGAUCUCAUUUCUCAUCAGGACAUUUUGAGUACCAUUCAGAAAUUCAUCAGUGAAGACCGACUGCCACACCUGCUUCUCUAUGGGCCUCCGGGGACAGGAAAGACAUCCACCAUCUUGGCCUGUGCGAAACAGCUGUACAAAGACAAAGAAUUUGGCUCCAUGGUCUUGGAGCUGAAUGCCUCAGAUGACAGAGGAAUAGACAUCGUUCGGGGACCAAUCCUGAGCUUUGCCAGCACAAGGACAAUAUUUAAGAAAGGCUUUAAGCUGGUGAUCCUGGAUGAGGCGGAUGCCAUGACUCAGGACGCCCAGAAUGCCCUGAGGAGAGUGAUCGAGAAAUUCACUGAAAAUACCAGAUUUUGCCUCAUCUGUAACUAUCUGUCCAAGAUCAUCCCCGCUUUGCAGUCCCGGUGUACGAGGUUCCGAUUCGGCCCCCUGACCCCUGAACUCAUGGUCCCCCGCCUGGAACAUGUCAUAGAAGAAGAGAAAGUUGAUGUAAGUGAAGAUGGGAUGAAAGCGCUUAUAACUCUUUCCAGUGGAGAUAUGCGACGGGCUCUGAACAUUUUGCAGAGCACCAGCAUGGCCUUUAGCAAGGUGACUGAGGAGACGGUCUACACCUGCACAGGGCACCCACUCAAGUCAGACAUCGCCAACAUCCUGGACUGGAUGUUGAAUCAAGACUUCACCACGGCCUACAGAAAUAUCAUGGAGCUGAAGACGCUGAAGGGGUUGGCAUUGCAUGACAUCCUGACGGAGAUCCACCUGUUUGUGCACAGAGUUGACUUCCCAUCUUCAGUUCGAAUACACUUAUUAACCAAAAUGGCAGACAUUGAGUACAGACUGUCUGCGGGCACCAGUGAGAAGAUUCAGCUGAGUUCCCUCAUUGCAGCUUUUCAAGUCACCAGAGACCUGAUUGUCUCGGAGGCCUAGACGCUGAGGACCAUUUGCUGCAGUCGCAGGCCCAGCAGUGACUAGAGAACAGGGGAUCUGGUUACAGGACCAACUGCUGCCCGCGGGAGGGGAUGAAGCCACAGUCACCCAGGCUUGGAAAAUUCUUGUUCUAGGCAUGGGUGGGCGGACAUAUAAAAUACCUUGUUUGUGGCUGUUUGGAGCAGAGUGGACAGAACAAUUUUGG